UAGUUCUGAGCUCUAAUUUGUAGCUAAUAACUCUUUCUUUAGAAUUUGAAUUAUUCUUAAUGCUAGAUUGGUGGGUUCUAUGAAUUUCACUUUGUGUUCUUUAUUUCUUCUGUGUUUUUGUUUUAAAUUUAGGUAUUUGAUUAUUGUUGCCAAGUUAAUUUAGGUUGAGACAAAUGUGGUAGUGUUAUAUUGUUAGGAUAGUGAUGAACAGGACAUGACAUUACUACGCUGGUUUGGGGGAAAUAUAGGAAAAAAAUGAGAAAAAUUGAAUUUUGGAUUUUUUGUAGAGAAAAUGGAGUAACGCGUUAGUUGAUUUCUUGUCAAUAUACCCAAUUUGUUAAGUAUGUAAUACUAGAACUUUGUUGAAUUUUUCGACAUGGAAAGAGGUUCUUGGAGUGUUUUGUCUCACUGGCAUAACUUUUCAGUUUUGGAAUUAGUUGUCGGUUUUGCAGGAGAGUGGGGUGUGUGUCCCUUUGGCUGCCUUGUGAUGUAAGUUUUGUUCUUGGUGCAGAAUGGAUUAGUGUAAAUUAUUGAAAGAUACCCAUAUAUAAAAGCAUGGGUAGUAGUGACAUGGACAAAACUCCGAAAGAGAAGGAGUCUAAGACACCUCCAGCUACAUCACAGGAGCAGUCAUCAACAACUGCCAUGCCAACAACUAAUCCUGACUGGUCUAACUUUCAGACAUAUUCUCCUAUACCUCCACACGGGUUCUUGGCAUCAAGUCCCCAAGCCCACCCAUAUAUGUGGGGCGUCCAGCAUUAUAUGCCUCCCUAUGGCACUCCACCACAUCCCUAUGUUGCAAUGUAUCCCCAUGGUGGCAUAUAUGCUCAUCCAUCUAUUCCUCCGGGAUCUUAUCCUUUCAGUCCUUUUGCCAUGGCUUCUCCAAAUGGUAUUGCAGAUGCUUCGGGAAAUGCCCCAGGCCGCAUCGAAGUUGGUGGUAAACCUCCUGAAGUGAAGGAAAAAUUACCUAUCAAAAGAUCAAAAGGAAGUGCUAGUGGUGGUAAUUUGAAUAUGUGGAUUACUGGGAAAAAUAAUGAACCUGGUAAAAUACCAGGAGAAUCUGCUAAUGGGAUUCAUUCCAAAAGUGGUGAGAGUGCAAGUGACGGAACUAGUGAAGGAAGUGAUGAGAACUCCCAGAAUGAUUCUCAAUUGAAAUCAAGGGAGAGGCAGGACUCUUUUGAAGAUGAACCAUCUCAAAAUGGAAGUUCAGUACAUGCUCCUCAAAAUGGGGUACAUAAUAGACCUCAGACAGUUGUUAAUCAAACUAUGUCUAUCUUACCUAUAUCUACCACAAGUGCUCCUGGAGCAGUUCCUGGUCCCACAACUAAUUUAAAUAUAGGAAUGGAUUAUUGGGGCACACCAACUUCGUCCACCAUUCCUGCAUUGCAUGGAAAGGUUCCUUCUACUGCAGUUGCUGGAGGGAUGAUUGCUGCUGGAUCACGAGAUGGUGUUCAGUCACAAGUUUGGCUGCAGGACGAAAGAGAGCUUAAAAGACAAAGGCGGAAGCAGUCUAAUCGGGAAUCUGCACGCAGAUCCAGGUUACGGAAGCAGGCUGAAUGUGAUGAACUAGCUCAGCGUGCUGAAGCUUUGAAAGAAGAAAAUGCCACUCUCCGAUCAGAAGUGAGCCAGAUCAGGAGUGAGUAUGAGCAGCUACGUUCUGAGAAUGCUGCCCUCAAGGAGAGACUUGGGGACAUACCUGGUGUCGCGACGCCUGGGAAGGAGGAUCUUAGGUCUGGUCAGAAUGAUCAGCAUGUGAGUAAUGACACUCAACAGAGUGGUCAGACAGAGGUUGUGCAGGGUGUUCAUUAGGAUCUUGCUUCCUGCUGCAUGUUGCUUUUUAGGUAGAUAACCUAACCAAGUAGCAACAGCAAGUUCUAGUUUUUGGUUCAAAUUGUAUUAAAGGUGAUCAUAUGUAGUAUUAGGAUCUAUUUAUGUCAUAUGAUCCCUCAUUCCUAAUUUGUCAUGUUUAUGACGGCCAAAAACUUGUAUUGUAGUUAGUGUGUGAAUACUUGGUUAUACCUUCUCUGCUACUUCAAAAGUUAGUGUUAGCAGUAAGAAAGUAUGAUUAGUGAAACUAGUUAUUGUCCAUUAUAUGGAUUGCCGUGCUUCUGCGCAAAUAAUUUAAUCAGGAAGAUAUAUUAAGGAAAUGGAAAUGAAGUUCAGCCCUGAGAAAGUUAUGGUUUGAGUAUAGCCAGUCAACCAUCGUGGAUUUUAUAAGAAUUUUGUAUUGCAUUAUGAAUUAUGAAUACAUAAUCACCUAUUUAUGA